GCCUUGUAGUCCAUAUUUUUAAGAAAAUUACUUUGUUGAGUGGCCAUCGUUAGUAUAGAUGAUCUCUUUGCCAUCUCUCUUUGCUAAUAAUGAUUCCCAAUACAUCAGUAGGUUGUACGUUACUGAAAGAGUCCUUCAGAUUUUAAAGAGCAAGAAACAAGUCUGUUCAGUGUAACACAGCCUCGGGAGAUUGCCCUCUGAGUUGGCAUGAUAAUGACAGAAUCCCGGGAAGUUGUAGACUUAGACCCUCCAGCUGAGACUUCACAGGAGCAAGAAGACCUUCUAAUAGUGAAGGUGGAAGAAGAAGACUGCACCUGGAUGCAGGAGUACAACCCGCCCACGUUUGAGACUUUUUACCAGCGCUUCAGGCACUUCCAGUACCAUGAGGCAUCGGGACCCCGGGAGGCUCUCAGCCAACUCCGCGUGCUCUGCUGCGAGUGGCUGAGGCCGGAGCUGCACACCAAGGAGCAGAUCCUGGAGCUGCUGGUGCUGGAGCAGUUCCUGACCAUCCUGCCUGAGGAGUUCCAGGCCUGGGUGAGAGAACAUCACCCUGAAAGCGGAGAGGAGGCGGUGGCUGUGGUAGAAAACAUACAGCGAGAGCUUGAGGAACGCAGACAACAGAUUGUUGCGUGUCCUGACAUGCUUCCUCAGAAGAUGGUACCACCUGGAGCAGUGCAAGAGCCCUUCAGUCACCAGCCCCUGUCUGGGAACACCCAGCCUGAACAAGAGCCACAGAAGCCUCAUCUCCUGGAGGAAAAUGCCCUGCCUGUUCUCCAAGUUCCUUCCCUUCCCCUGAAGGACAGCCAGGAGCUGGCAACUUCAAUUCUCUCAGCUGGGUCCCAGAAGUUGGUGAAAAUCGAAGAUGUGGCUGAUGUGGCUGUAUCCUUCAUCCUGGAGGAAUGGGGACAUUUGGACCAGUCCCAGAAGUCCCUUUAUAGGGAUGACAGGAAGGAGAAUUAUGGGAGUAUUACUUCCAUGGAUUAUGAGUCCAGAGACAACAAUAUGGAGCUCAUAGUAAAGCAGAUUUCUGAUGACACUGAAUCACAUUGGAUGACAUCAGGAAGCACUGAAAGGAAUGUUCCCCAGAGUCAAGAGUUUGCAGAAGUUAGUGACCUUAAGGGCAUGGUACAAAGGUGGCAGGUGAACCCCACGGUGGGGAAAUCAAAGCAGAAUCCAUCCCAGAAAAGGGAUCUUGGUGCUAUCAGAGACGUUAACCGUAAGCAGAACACAAAUGGUGAGAGAGGUCACAGAUGUAAUGAUUGUGGUAAAUUUUUCCUUCAAGCCUCAAACUUUAUUCAACAUCGGCGCAUCCACACUGGAGAAAAACCAUUUAAGUGUGGCGAAUGUGGGAAAAGCUAUAAUCAGCGUGUUCACCUCACUCAGCAUCAGAGAGUCCACACUGGUGAGAAACCCUAUAAGUGUCAGGUGUGUGGAAAAGCUUUCCGGGUGAGCUCCCACCUGGUUCAGCACCACAGCGUCCACAGUGGAGAGAGGCCCUACGGAUGUAACGAGUGUGGGAAGAACUUUGGCCGGCACUCACACCUGAUCGAACACCUGAAACGCCACUUCAGAGAGAAAUCCCAAAGAUGCAGUGACAAAAGAAGUAAGAAUACCAAAUUAAAUGUUAAGAAGAAAAUUUCAGAAUUUUCAGAAGCAGACAUGGAACUAUCUGGAAAAAUCCAAAGAAAUAUUUCUCAAGUUCCAGAUUUUGGAGAAGGCUGCGAACACCAAGGCAAGGUGGAUAGAAAACAGGGAAUUCCCAUGAAAGAGAUACUAGGACAACCCUCUUCAAAGAGGAUGAAUUGCAGUGAAGUCACAUAUGUCCACAAAAAAUCUUCCACAGGAGAGAGACCACAUAAGUGUAAUGAAUGUGGGAAAAGCUUCAUUCAAAGUGCACAUCUUAUUCAACAUCAAAGAAUUCACACUGGGGAGAAACCAUUUAGGUGUGAUGAAUGUGGGAAAAGCUAUAAUCAACGUGUGCACCUAACUCAACAUCAGCGAGUCCACACUGGUGAAAAACCCUACACCUGUCAUUUAUGCGGAAAAGCAUUCAGAGUGAGGUCCCAUCUUGUUCAGCAUCAGAGUGUGCACAGUGGGGAGAGACCCUUUAAAUGUAACGAAUGUGGGAAAGGCUUCGGGAGGCGUUCACACCUUGCUGGACAUCUGCGUCUCCACUCCAGGGAGAAAUCCCAUCAGUGUCGUGAAUGUGGAGAAAUCUUUUUCCAAUACAUUAGCCUAAUUGAACAUCAGGUGCUCCACAUGGGUCAGAAAAAUGAAAAAAAUGGCAUUUGUGAGGAAGCAUAUAGUUGGAACUUGACAGUGAUUGAAGAUAAGAAGAUUGAAUUACAGGAACAGCCUUAUAAAUGUGAUAUAUGUGGAAAAGCCUUUAGUUACAGCUCAGACCUUAUUCAGCAUUACAGAACUCAUACUGCAAAGAAAACCUAUAAAUGUGAUAUAUGUAGAGAAAAUGUUGGCCAGUGUUCCCACAUUAAACAACAUCAGAAGAUCUAUUCUAGCACAAAAUCCCAUCAAUGUAAUGAAUGUGGAAGAGGCUUCACUCUGAAGUCACACCUUAAUCAACAUCAGAGAAUCCAUACUGGUGAGAAACCUUUUCAAUGUAAAGAAUGUGGAAUGAGCUUCAGUUGGAGUUGUAGCCUCUUUAAACAUCUGAGAAGCCAUGAGAGGACAGAUUCCAUAAAUACCUUAAGUGCAUAGGCGUAUCUAUUGUAGAACAUCUCUUAUUCAAUUUUAGAGAAGGCUUCCUGAAAAGAAACCUUAUUCCUGUGAUGAGUGUAAUAACAACUUCAAACAUUCUUCCAACUUAUCCAUCAAACCUACAGAUAUGUUGAAAUCCUUGAAUUAGAACUCAGCCUUCAGGCGCACUGGAGUAUCCACAGUACAUAGACACCUGUUUGCUUUCCUCAUUGAGAAAUGCUUUAGUUAGCAUCUUCGUGCUUGGGAAUCUAGACAAAAAGAGAACCUACGGACAUGGUGGAUGAAGGGAAGCCUUCAGGUGACACUCAUACUUUAUUUGAAACUUAGAAAAUUGACACUGGGAAAAGCCUCAUGAACACAGUAGAAAUAAGCUUUAUUUGUAGCUUCUGCCUUGUUUGACAGCCUAUCUAUUCAGGGAAGAGUGUGGUGAAAGAAAGAAUUUUUCAGCAUGAUAUCCGUUUUGGUACCUCAGCAAUGCCCCUUUUCUAGAAAUGAUCAUCCCAACCACUAGAAUACUCCAGUCAUUGUUCCCAUCUUGAGUAUUAACCCCGUUGAAAAGAAAUUGACUUAAGAUAUCUAUAUUUUGGCAAGAUUGGGGUUCAGAGGCUGGAAGGUAUGUGUUCCUGCUGCCUUAUUCAAUCUACAACUUCUCUAUGAAACACUCAACCUUGUUUUUGUUCUGAUUUUACUAGCAUCAAGGUUAGCUCAUAGAAGGAGGAGUUAAAUUUGUAAAUUCAGGAGAAACUGUGCUGCUCGGUCACAUCUCAAGAUGAAGGAAGAAGGACCUUAGGGGAGCAGAGAAGAGAAGAGAAACAAAACCGUGGACUGGUUUAUCUUACAGUACCCACAGGAGCAAGGGCAGCUAAAUCCAUGGGCAGAAUUGGGCCAAAGCGAAUGAAGAAUCUUGGUCCUAGCGGUACGGCUGCUGAUUCCCAGGUGGCCUGGGGAUAGACCUCCCCUGUAGGGUAAGGGAGGAUGGAAUGAGUUUCUGUUUGCUUUGCAGCUGGAAGGGAAAGUAAACAGUAACGAGGAGCAGGCAGGUACAUGGUCCCAUUAACCCUGCCUCGUGGGAAGGUCUGGGUAGGAGUUGUGAGGGGAAAGAAGAUGACUUGGAUGAGAGAGUUCACUUGAGCCUUCUUGGUAGAGAGAGGGAGAGAGUGUUUCUGGGCACCAUGAGGCCCUGCUCCUGCUGACU